GUUCCCCCCUUUCGGUUUAGGAAGCUCGCGGGGGACGCGAGGAAUAAUAGCGGAGAGCGAGAUCACCACUGCGCGUGCAACCCAAGGAGCAUUUCCGCCUCUUUAGAAGCACAAGGAUGGAUCAAUCAGAGCUUUACAUCGAGGACGAGGAUUCACCGGUGAUGAAGACGGUCAAGGGAGCGACGACGGGUUUAGCUGCCGGUGCGCUCUGGGGUACAAUCGUUGCUACAUGGCAUGACGUGCCUCGUGUAGAGAGGCACGUAGCGCUCCCCGGGUUAAUUAGAACGCUGAAGAUGUGUGGUAACUACGGGCUCACUUUUGCUGCCAUUGGAGGGCUCUACAUUGGUGUGGAGCAGUUGGUGCAGAAGCAAAGGAUGAAGAGGGAUUUUAUUAAUGGUGCAGUCGGUGCUUUUGUUGCCGGAGCAUCUGUUUAUGGGCUUAAAGGGAGGAGCUUUCAAACAGCCAUAUCUGCAGGUUCUUGUCUGGCCUUCACUUCUGCUGUGCUGGACAUUGGGGAUCGGUCUACAAGAAUCGAUAAUGGUAGAGAAUACUACCCUUACACCACUGAGAAAAGGCCUUCCACUAGUACUUAAUUUCUUGUAAAAUGAGCUCUCUUUUAAUGACCUCAGCCAUGACGGGUCUACUGCAUUCUCCUUGGAUAUGUUCUAUGAAAUGACCAUCUUAAGACUCGCAAUGCUCGCACCUUGUUGUUGGCAAUCCAUUUUCUGUUUUCAGAAACCAUGAUGAGACAAAUAUUGAAAUAAAUCUUAGUUUUCUUUUUGUUUGUUAU